ACCUUAAAUAACUUUGACUAAUUUUAAUUUUUAUCCUGCAGCUCCGUUUUGUUGGUAAAAAAACGCGUGAUUUGUAGAGACGGAAAUGGUUCCGCUUUAUGACCGACCGGACCACUUUCGGCGACGUACGGAACAUUCAAGCUGCAAAAAUCCAAACCACACAUUUUAACACAUUCGACUAUAAAUUAGCCAAGACAUGGGGGAGCAACCGGUGAGAGUCUUGGCGUGUGGGGACGUUGAAGGCAGGUUGAACGCUCUUUUCAAUCGAGUCCAAACCAUCCAGAAGAAAACGGGACAGUUUGAUCUGUUGUUGUGUGUCGGAGAGUUUUUCGGGACGACGCCGGAGGCUGAAGCGGAGUGGCAGCAGUACAGAACUGGAGCUAAGAAAGUUCCCAUCCACACCUACAUCCUGGGAGCAGCGAGCCAGGAGACGGUGAAGAACUUCCCCGGCGCUGACGGCUGCGAGCUCGCCGAAAACAUCACGUACCUGGGUCGGAGAGGCGUGUUCACGGGCGUGUCGGGACUACAGAUCGCCUACGUCAGCGGGCGGGAGGCCCUGCAGGAACCGGCCCCGGCUCACUGCUUCACGGCCAAAGAUCUGUCGGCCCUCGUGGCUCCGCUGACCAGCAGCUCCAAGUUCAGAGGGGUCGACAUCCUGCUGACGUCACAGUGGCCCCGAGGAGUGUGGCACUACGCUAACAACCCGGAAGUGAACACUAAGUUCUGUGGAAGCAGCUCCGUCGCCAACCUCGCCGACAAGCUGAAGCCACGGUACCACUUCGCGGCACUAGAGGGCGCUCACUAUGAGAGACUCCCAUACAGAAAUCAUGUUGUUCUCCAGGAAAAUGCUCAGCACGUCAGCCGCUUCAUCGCCCUGGCAACCGUCAACAACCCCGCCAAGAAGAAGUAUCUGUACGCCUUCAACAUAAUCCCCAUGAAGACCAUGGAUCCAUCGGAGCUGGUGAAGCAGCCGCAGGACGUGACAGAAAACCCCUACAGACGCUCCGCGAAAGACAAGACGGACACACUGAAGACGGGCUUCAGCACCACAGAGGAGGAGGAGGAGCAGCCCAGUCAGUUCUUCUUUGACCUGAGCAAGAAGCAGGGGGGGGGUCAUCGGGGCCGCGGCAGGAAGAGACACCCAGACGCAGACGGGCGAGGACGAGACCAGCAGCACGACGGAGACGGACAUCAUCAGGGACAACCCAAACAGCCGCGCAGACACCCUCAGCCCACUGGUCCCUGCUGGUUCUGCUUGGCGAGUCCUCAGGUGGAGAAACACCUGGUCAUCAGCAUAGGAACACAUUGUUACCUGGCUCUGGCUAAAGGCGGACUGACUCCGCACCACAUGCUGAUCCUGCCCAUCGGUCACUACCAGUCCGUGGUGGACCUGAGCUCCGAGGUGGUGGAGGAGAUGGAGAAGUACAAGUCGGCCCUGAAGAGCUUCUACAGGAGCAAAGGAGAGCGCUGUGUUCUGUUCGAGAGGAACUACAGGAGCCAACACCUGCAGCUCCAGGUCGUCCCGGUGCCGCUGGACCGCUGCGCCACAGGGGACAUCAAGGAGGCGUUCAUGGUCCAGGCUCAGGAGCAGCAGAUGGAGCUGAUGGAGGUUCCUGAACACACCGAGCUCAAACAGAUUGCCCCUCCAGGGACACCGUACUUCUACGUGGAGUUGGACUCGGGGGAGAAACUCUUCUACCGCAUCCAGAAACAUUUUCCUCUGCAGUUCGGACGGGAGGUUCUGGCGAGCGAGGCGGUGCUGAACAUCCCGACCCGAGCCGACUGGAAGGAGUGUAAACAGAGCAGGGAGGAGGAGGAGGAGAGCUGCAAACAGCUGAGAGACGACUUCCAGCCGUACGACUUCGCCUGGGACGACUGACACACACACACACACACACACACACACACACACACACACACACACACACACUGUUGCUGGUGUUAAAGGAAUAGUUCAACAUUUUUGGGAAACUCACUUUCUGACGGAUGUCUGUGGUAAAUCAGAGCCUUAGCAACUGCUUAGCUUAGCUUAGCAUAAACACUUGAAACAGGUGGAAACAGCUAGCCUAGCUCUGUCUGAAGGUAACAGAAUCCACCUACCAGCAAAUCUAAACCUCACCAAGUAGCAUGCUAUAUUCUGAGCUUUUGCAGGUGAAUUUCUUUUACCUUUGUGCUAGCUGUUUAUGCUAAGCUAACUCCAGAUCCAUAUUUACUACACAGGCAUGAGUGGUGUUGAUCUCCUCAUCUAACUCGGCAGAAAAACAGAAAAGAAAAAGAAAACAUGUUUCCAAAAAUGUUGCGCUGUUCCUUUAAAUUGGGUUUUGGGUUUUUAUACCAGUGUUUUUCUUUUUUUAUGAUGUUUCUCAGAUGUUUCUGGUGCAGUGACGGAGAGAACUGAGUUUUAUAAUAAGAUCAUGACGGCCUCUGUUUAAAGUUUAUAAUAUUUUGGAUUUUUCAGUUUUUGUUUAUCAAAGUGAAAUAAUGGAAGUUCAUGAGCGGCAGAUGAAGAACCCAGAACCUCACUGUUGAGAGUUUUUUAUUUUUUCAUGAUGAACAGUGAUCAUGAGUUUGUGACACAUAAAAGGACAGAAGGAGAAAGGUGCUGGAUAAACUCCUUCACAAUAAAAGUCAAAAUCCACAGGCCGAGGCUUUAAAACACUUUUCUAAAUACGACACUGUAAAAACAUUUUCUAUCGUUUCUAUGGAGCUUUUUUUUGGUUUUUGUUUUAACUUCAACUCUGUGGAAAAAUAGUUUUUAAAUGUUUUUCUUGUAUUUUGUAAAUGAACUAAAAUUAAACUCUUAUUUUGGG